UUCCAUAUUUUCUCCACCCAUCACAACACUCUUCUCUUAGCUAGUCACUUCUACUAUAGUUCGAAGAAGCUAUAACCUAGCUAGCUAAGCUUUUUAACUUUUGAGAAAUGGAAUCCAAAAGAACAUCUUCACUUGCUCUCUUUCUUGUUCUCAACCUUCUAUUCUUUUCCCUAGUAAGUGCAUGCGGUGGCGGCUGCCCUUCUCCUAAGCCAAACCCAAACCCAAAGCCAACCCCAUCCCCUUCCUCUGGAAAAUGCCCAAGAGAUGCACUUAAACUAGGUGUCUGUGCUAAUGUUCUUGGUUCACUGCUUAAUCUCAACAUUGGUAAACCUCCAGUCGAACCUUGCUGCUCUCUUAUCCAAGGCCUUGUUGAUCUUGAGGCUGCUGUUUGCCUGUGCACUGCCAUUAAAGCUAAUAUAUUGGGUAUCAACCUCAACAUUCCACUUUCUUUGAGCUUGCUUCUCAACGUUUGUGGCAAGAAGACCCCCUCCGGUUUCCAGUGUGCCUAAACACAUAGAGAUUUCACUUCCGUCAUAGUUUCUCGGGUGGGUUUUGUUUGUUGCUAAUUUAAUAAGUAUAAUCCAAUGUCUUCUACGUAUUAUCAGUUUGUGAUUUAAAGUUGCUUUUUUAAAUGUAUUGUUUGUUUAGUGAGAGGCUUUACUAUAAACAAGUCUACUUUCCCUAAGUUAUGUUUAAGAAUUUUUAUGGGAAAUGAAAUUUUAUUUUUACUCGUUUAAUCAUUAAAA